GACUGUUUUUGGGGAUUUUUCGGGUCAUUAUCGUUCACAUUAGUAAAAGUUAAUACAUUGACGCCUUUGUAACAACUUGUUUUUUAUUUUGGCUUCUAAAAAAUGGAGACUUUUAAAUGACUUUUUGGCCAUUCAAGUGGAGUAAAAGCAAGGCGAGAAGAGAGAGAGAGGAAGGAGGAGGAGGAGGAGGAGGUGGAAGGGGGGAUUGGGACACAGUUGAGCGGAUUUGAAAGAGGAAGUCAUCCCCUAUAACUGUGCAUACAUUGUUUCUUUUUUAACCUUGUGUGUAAGCUGAUAAUUACUCCAGUAUUUUUUUUUAUUAUUAUUUUUUUCGGUGGUGGUGGGGAAGGGAGAAACGUUUUUUUGGAUGUGGCCGAGAAGUUGUUUCUCUGCAAAUGACGUGGAAUAGCACGAUGAGCAGUGGCUACAGUAGCUUGGAGGAGGACUCCGAGGAAUACUUUUUCACAGCAAGGACUUCUUUCUUCAAAAAACCCUCAGGCAAAGUCACAGCAGAGUGCAAGGAUGUUGAGAAGGAUAGAAAGUUGCGGACGGAGUUCAGCAGGGAGGAAAUCAGGCAGAAGAUCGAACUGUACAACUCCAUGACCAAAGACCACCUUAAGAUGACGCUGGGUCAUACUGGUGUGUAUACUGGUUUCAUCAAGGUCCAGAUGGAUCUGAGAAGGCCGGUGACGGUGAGGGGGGGUCAGAGGGGAGCAGGAGUAGCCGUGGGGCAAGAGGCUUUCUAUCUGCCACGAGGAGUCACCAACACUCUCCACGUCAGCUCCAAUAACACCGUCAAACAGGUGAUCGUCGCCCUGCUGAACAAGUUCACAGUCGCGGAACCGGCCAAAUACGCUCUGUACAAACGCUAUCGCAGGGAGGAGCAGGUCUAUGUGUGUAAGCUGGCGGAUGGCGAGCAGCCGUUGUUUCUUCGUCUGGUGGCGGGACCCAACGACGACACGCUCAGCUUCGUACUGAGAGAACAGUCUGGAGAAGUCAUGGUAAACACGAUGCUCCGCUCCGCCUCCUUGGACGCGUUCUCCAUCCCCGAGCUGCGCAACUUCCUGCGGAUCCUGGAUAAGGAGGAGGAGGAGCAGAGGGAAGCGGUGAUUCGCCGCUACGACAACUACCGCCAGAGACUGCAGGAGGCGCUGAGGGAGGUCAGAGGCCCCUCUUAAAGGAUUAACCUCCAUAAAACAAGGACUACUUUACCCUUCAGAGGGACGGAAGAGGUGUUUUCCUUUCUUCUUUUUUUUUUUAAAGCCUCCUCAGAGGAUAAAAAUAGUGUACAUUUUGACGGAGAGAGGGAUGCGAACACAGACUGAGAAGAGAGGGUCCAGCGCCUUGAAUGAAAGAAGGGAUGAUGCUGACAGACAGAGGGACGAUAUAAAAUGUGGCAAAGAGGACAGGAAGAAAAAAUAUAAAGAAGGGACGGCAAGCAAACAAAAGAGUUUGUCUCAGCCUGGAUUCAAGACGUCAAACGUGCUGCCUGCUCCGCUUCGUCUGCCUGCACACACACACACACACACACACACACACACACACACACACCAAAGAUUCACUCUGAUUGUGCCAUAUUCAUUCAUCCUCUCUCCCUCUCUCCGUCCAUCCCUCUCUUCUUCUUCUCCUUCUUCUUCCUCCUCUUCUUCUUCUCUCACUGUGUCCCGCUAUCACAUAAUUUAUGCAGUGUAUCUGAUUCCUCUUUCCUUUAAACUUGUGAAAGACUCAAGGCCAUACUGUACGUUGAUUUUUUUUUUAGAGUUUUAUUUAAUUUGUUUGUUGCUAAAGGUCUGUACAUAUUUUUUUUCUUAAUUUAUAUGGGUGAAGCUUUUUAUUGUUUUUUUUCCUUUCUUUUUUUCCUUAAAACAGAAAAAGUCUUAUUUUAGUUUUAUGAAACAGAGGCGGAGCAACAAUCUGGAUGUUGACACAGAUACAGAGAAUAGUUUAUACAGACUUCUUUAUAAAGUUUGACACAUAAAAAUUAUAUUCGGAUGCACAAAUAAGCCCACAAACUGUUAUAAUAGUUAUAUUACGACACGAAUAUCUGAUUAAUAAGAGAAUAACCAAAGACGUAUUAAUGAGUUGUUUAGUAACGUUUGGCUUAGCCUGAAAGUUGAGGAAUAAUUCAGAAGUGAGAAAGGGACAGUUAGUCUGUAAAGUACGGAGGCUCAAGUGUGCCAAUAUAAAAAUGUAUAGACUUUAAUAAUUAAAAUGUAUACAUAAUGUUUAUAAAAAGCAAUUAUUAAUUGAUAAUUUGAAUCUAAGUGGUAUACUCAAAGUAAAACAAAAGUUCAAAAAGUAUAAUAUAUAUAUAAUAUAAAUAGACAUUUAAAACAUUCAUUAGGCUUUUCAAAUUUUACUAUGACAGUCCAAUAUAUUUAUGUGUCUGCCUAUCAUAUUCUCAUAAUUAAUUUAUAUUCUGCUUUAAUCUUUACAGUUUUUUAUAACUUUGUGAGCAGACACAUUAGUAAACAAUAAAUAAAUACAUUUAAAAAGUGAUUUAUUAAUUGGAAAUUGUAAUUAUUUUCCCCAAAAUGCACAAGUAAAGAAUCUUAUAAUCUGUAAUUUUAUUGCAAAUUCAUUUAAUCAAUAUUUAAUUACUUUUAAAAAAAACAACUUCAAUCAUUUUUAUUUUUGGCACAUUUGAGACUCCACAGCACACUGGUUGAAGCUGAAUGUACUAGAAGGUGAAAAUGACUGUGAACAGCUGUGACAGACACCAACUUAACCAAAGAGGGAAGGUUUCAGUAGACGAACCUUAAAGAGAAGAUAAGAGCGAGGGAGUAGUUAAAGUUAAGCUACUGGUUGUGUUUAGUCUGUUUAAAAGAAAAGAAAAAGAAAAA